AUGGCAACCUCUUGUAUCAUUUCUUUGGCUCUAGUUUUCUUCUUUCAUCAUCUUAUCAUUCUCUCCACUGCCCAGCCCAGCUUCGUUUAUUACAAUUGUUCACUUGGCAAAGAAACCUACAUAAAGCCAAGUGCCUAUUACGCCAACCUCAAUGCUCUUCUUUCUAAUUUCACUCGCGACACAGUAAUUGACUAUGGCUUCUACAGUUCUUCCUUCGGCCAAAGCCCUGAUAAAGUUCACGCACAAGGGCUUUGCCGAGGUGAUGAGGAGCCAUUUUCUUGCCGGAAAUGCCUCAACGAUGCCAAAACCCUUCUUCCAAAGCUGUGUCCAUAUUAG